AUGACUUCCACCGAGACUAAAAAAGAAGAAUUCAGAAAGUACCUCGAGAAAGCAGGAGUGAUCGACCAGCUGACCAGAGUCCUCGUCGGUCUCUACGAAGAGCCCGAGAAGCCCAACAACGCUGUCGAGUUCAUCAAGAGCUGUCUGGGGGCUCCUUCGGAUACAGAUGUUGAGAAGCUCAAGCAGGAGAAUGAGGAGCUCAAGGGCAAGGUCAUGGAUUUGGAGAAGAAGGUUGAAGAGCUGCAGAACGAACUGGAGAACGAAAGAGCUAAUAAUUAAGCUAUCAUAGCAGUCUAUAAUCCACAUCCUAGGUAAACGUUAAA